UGCUCUUAAGGGAGUUGACGAGAUAGGAGUUUCAUCAGAAGAAGUUUUUAUGUUGCCCAAUGGACCCCAACCUCGGUACUGCAAGUACAGGGUUUGUUCUUAAGAAAGCUAUUGUUUUCCAAAACUGCAAGUUAGCUCUCCCGAGAUUAUUAGAGUCUUCAAUCUUUCGUCGUUUCCCUUUUUUCUGCAAUGGCCCAGCAGGGUUCACCUAAAAGGUACAAACCAACAAAUCUUCCCUAUGGCCCCGUUAUAUCUGGUUCUCUACGAUAAGCAGACUUGAUAGACACCAUGGUUGAGUGGUUUUUUAAGUCCUUCAUCUGUGUCUUCUUAUUACCUGUGAGCAGUUUUGUUGUGUUUGGUUCUUCUUCUUGUUUCCCAUAUCACUUUUCCAGACAGAAAACCAAUCCAACAUUCCAACAGAAAACAGAUAGGUUCUGGGAGUUUGAUGAGAAAUCCAAUAGUUGGGUUGAAGUGGGUUUACCUUUCGAUUUGGUUUCUUGCAUCAAUGGGAACUGUACUCAAGUGGGUUCUAUUUCUCAGCCAAGGAAGAAAGAAGAUCUAUUGGAAGAAGGAUUUGAUGCUCCUGGACAAAGGGAGAAUUCAAAAACCAUGUCUAAUGAGAGAAAGUUAGAAGAGAAGAGUUCUGAUCAGGUCUUUUUGCCUGAGAGAAGGAGAAUUUCACUGACUAAGAUGUCUGAAACAUCUAUUUGGGUUACAGGAGAAAGUGGUUCCACAUAUGAAAGGUUCUGGAAUGGUGUGCAGUGGGUAAUUGCACCCCAUGAUUUACCAACAUCUGCAGGUCCUGCAGUUUCAGUUUUUAUUGUGAAUCAGACUAUCCUGGCUCUCUCUGAAGCAGGCAGUCUGUAUCAGAUGCAACUCAGUGAAAGUUCACAGCCAAUUUGGAUUGAAUGUACUCCUACACUUGAGCAAAAUCCAAAUACUAUGGAAACAGAACCAAAUUCUAUCCUAAUCAAGUCUGGGGUUGUUUCAUAUGACAAAGGGAAAGUUUACUUUUCCACAAUGGAUGGAUCAUUGUUGGAACUUAGUGAAGUUGAGCCUUGGAGGUGGAUAUAUCAUGGCAGACCCCCUGGUGCAGAUGUUGCUGCCAUAGCUGAUGCUGCCACCAUUAGACCAGAUGUAGUAUUUACAGUGAGUUCCAUGGGGGAUCUUUAUGAACUAGAUAGGAACUCAAAGCCAUCAUGGAAAAAACAUAUAUGGAGCAAAAGAUUCAAGAAAGAAAUAACCUUGACACCAUCAGCGGGGUGUAUUAUGCAUGGCUUGAUCGGAACUCAUUCUAUUUCCUUGUUCCUUUUAACUAAGGAUGGCAAUCUGGUUGAAAGGCGGCUGCAUCAAAGGAAGUGGGGAUGGAUAGUCCAUGAAAGUCCAAAAAACCAACACCUGACAUCUAUCACACCAGUUGCACAAGAUGAGUUAGAUGAGAAGAUAUUCUCAUUGUUCUUUACUACAGCUGUUGGAUCCAUUUUCGAAUAUCAACUUCCUAGAAAUUCAGGUGGUGCUCAGGGAAACCAAAUGCCCGAGAAAUGGGUAAAUCACAUGCAUCCGCUGCAUUCAAAAGCCGCAAGAGGUAUUGCAGGUCUUCAGUGUCAAGUUGGAAGGAUAUUGUUCCCUCUGGAUGAUGGUAGACUAGCAGAGCUGCAUUUAUUUGGCAUUGGUGGUGAAGGAUCAGGCCCAACUCAACAGGUGAAUGUGCGAAGAAAAGCAUCAUUUAAGUACAAAUGGUCAAUCCUAGAAGCUCCAGAAACAGAGGGAUGGAAUGCAGAGUACUGCACUGAAGAAAGGGGGCCCUCAAAUUGCAUCACAGGUAUAAAAGAUGGACCAAAUGACUCUGGAAUUGCAAGACCAACAAGAAGAAGGCGAAAGCUGAGUCAAUCACAUCAAAGUUACCUGGUCCCUCGUGCAACAGAAAACAUUGGAGCUAUGACUCCUGACAAAAAUAACUUCCAGGUAGACAUUACAAGGACAAAUUUCCGCAUGCGAGUAAUGCACAAAGGGAUGUCAUUUUUUCUUGUGACAGACAGUGGGGAGACUUUUGAGCAUCUGAAUAAUGAGAAUGUAUGGUUGUGGCUGAGACAUGAGCAUCCUACAAUUAUGAAAGGUGUUGUUGGAAACUACAAUGGAAGUUUGUUUGUUGUUGACAUAGUAGGGAACUUACUAAUCAGAGAAAGAAGCAGCAAUGAGCUAGCAUGGAUAAAUUGUACUGCCAUGAGAAAGGGUACCCAAGUGAUCGGAGGUCCCCCAUGGGAUAAAAUACCCGGUAAAUCUUUGAAGGUUACAGCAGAAGAUGCACUUUUCUUUGUGAGCAAAAAUGGAAGAUUACUUCAAUUUACAGUUGCCUUGCGAAAAUUCAAGUGGAAAAACUGCCGACACCCCCGAAAUACCAGAGUUGCAUGUAUAGUUGAUCAAGAAGUGCUCCGGACUAACAUAGUUUUUGUCAUUGGAAGGAAUGGUCGGCUUUAUCAGUAUAACAAAGUGACUGAAUUAUGGCACGAGCAUUAUCAGUCCCCACAUUUGGUUCUUUCAAGAUCCCCUGGAACUUCUAUGAGACCAUCAUCUUCAUCACUAACCGGCUCCCUAUUUAUGGUUUCAGAAGAUGGUGGACUUGUUGAAUAUCAAUGGAACCCAUUGGAUGGAUGGAGUUGGGUGGAACAUGGAACACCAUCUAAGAGUGUAAAUUUGGUUAGUUCACCAGGGCCCUGCUUUGAAGGCAAUGAAUUGUUCCUUAUAGGUUCAGAUGGUGAAGUUUACCUCAGGUAUAUGGACCAAACAACAUGGAAAUGGAGAAACUAUGGUUUCCCACCUACAGAGGAGGAAGUUGUUAGAGGUCAAACACUACCAGGAGAAAAAGAUGUAAGAGAUGAUAUUUGUGUUGAUGAAGAAAUUGUGGCUGGUUUCGAGAAUAAUGCAGAAGGUAUAUAUGAUCUCACCAAAAGCUGUGAUGCUAAGGUAGCACCGAUACGACCAAUUCCAUUUUCUGAGUAUUCAGUGAUUUUUGAGUUGCAAGAUGGCAGAUUGGCGGAAUUGCUGCGAAUAGAUGACACACAAUGGAUAUGGUCACGUAUCAUCGACACUCCGAUGAGCCAGUGCAUGGCAAGUUAUGGAUUAGCAUUAUGACAUUAAAUACAACUUCACAACAUGAAAAUGCAAGACUGAAGUAUCAAAUGUAGAGAGUUGAUACAGCUGUACAAAUCUUAGAAAAAUUCUGAGCUCUUAGAAAAUCCAUCAUAAUUUCCCAGUACUUCUAUCUCACCCCCCCACCCUUCUCCCUUUUCUGGUCAUUGUAAAGAAGCAAAGGAGUCCAUCAGUUCCUCAGCUGUACAGUCCAAGCAUAAGAUGUAACCCAUGGAUACAAAAAUGAAAUUUAUGAUGAAUAAAAUUGAAUAGCAGGAAGUGUAGUUGUAUCA